AUGACGCGAACAUUUCCUGGCAAGCUGGACGGGCCCGUGAGCCACCAUGGGGGGACAUCGCGUGUGAUUGAGUCUUUGCAGGGCGAGAUUGACCGGUUGGGCGACGAGGUUGACGAUAAGGACACAGAGAUAGCAGAUCUCAAGCGGAAGCUUGCAGUUGUUUCAAGGCAGAACCAGGUGUUUGGCGAGCAGCUAUCGAAUGCGCGACAUGAGAGAGAGGUUGCUGAGGCGUUGUUGAGUCGCAAGGAGCGCAAGUUGUUGGAUUUGGAGGCACAGUUAACGGAAGCAUGUUCUGCUGCUGAUGCGUGGAUGUGCGAGCAGGAGUCGCUUCGCAGGAAACUUGCGAGUGUUCAGGAAGAGGGGAAAAGGGGCACAGAAGAAACGGAGCGGUUGAAAAUCGCAUACGAUACGGUUGUUGCGUCGCAUAAGCAGUAUAAAUUGCAUGCAAGUGAGGAAAUUGAGCAAUUGAGGCGGCAGUUGGUUUCGUUCGCUCAGGAAACGCGAGCCAAGCUCCAGCAUGAUCUGCAAGCAAUUAGCGACACUGACCAAGAGAUUACUGCUAAUUGCAGAUUGAUGGAUGACGUGAGCAAACAAAAAGACCGGACAUAUUUACAGAAACAAGCGAUUGUGGAGGAAGAGUUGACAGAACUCACUGAAGCGGUUAAAGUUCAAGGACACAAGAUCACCAGCAUGGUCACGGAGUGCGAAGACACUUUACUAAACUUACAACGAGCAAGAGCAAACGUUCUAAACAGGAAGGAAACACCACCAUCAGAACAAUCCCUCAAUUUCUCCUUGGUCGUUAACCUCGACGUUCAUGAAACCACAUUUGGUGGCCAGACCAGGAAUGGUUUGGAUCUGGUCGGCCAAAGCGUACAAAUAGCCAGCACCGAUGGAUGCCUUGAUGUCUCUGAUUGGGAAAACGAAUCCGGUUGGGACACCCUUAAGCUUGGCGUCAUGCGAAAGAGAGUAUUGGGUCUUGGCAAUACAGAUUGGCAAGUUGGAGAAGCCCUGGGCAGUGUACUCUUUGAUCUUUUCCUGGGCCUGAGGCAGGAACUCGACAGAGCCGGCACCGUACAUCACCUUCGCGAUACUCUCGAUCUUCUCCUCGAUGGAAGAACCCUCGGUAGAGUAGAGGUCCUUGGCACCCUGUCCACCCUCCUCCCAGUGGUUGGAAACAAUGGCGUCAGUCGCACCGGCAGCGAGAGCAGCUUCCUUGAUAACCUCGUGCUCCUUGGCAGAGUCGGAAGACAUUCUGUUGAUGGCCACAAUAACGUCCACGCCGUACUCCUUGGCGUUCUGGAUGUGUUUUUGCAAGUUGGCGCAUCCGGUUCUGAGCAUCUCCACGUUCUCGGUGGUAUACUCCAAUGGCAAUGGAGCACCGGCCUUGACCUCAGCUCCACCACCGUGCACCUUCAAAGCUCUGACAGUGGCCACGAUGAUGAUCACGUCGGGAGACAAUCCAGACGAUCUGCACUUAAUGUUGAGGAAUCUCUCUCCACCCAUGGUGAAGUCGAAACCAGCUUCGGUGAUGACGUAUCCGGCCUGCUCCUUCUCUUCCUCAGCGCUCAAACCUGGCUCAGUACCUGCGAGCUUCAAAGCCAUCUUAUCGGCCAACACAGAAGAGGCACCGAUCGAAAUGUUGGCAAAUGGACCAGCGUGCACAAACACCGGAGUUCCCUCCAGAGUUUGCAUGAUGUUAGGCUUGAUGGCAUCCUUCAUGAUGGCAGUCAAGGCACCGGCGCAUCCAAGGUCCUCACAGGUGAUUGGCUCACCGGCCUUCGAGGAAGCAACAACCAUCUUUCCGAGUCUCUCUCUCAUGUCCUUCAAAGAAGAAGAAAGAGCCAGAAUAGCCAUCACCUCAGAAGCAACGGUGAUAUCGAAUCCAGUCUCUCUGGUAAGACCUUUUUCGGUAGGAGCCUGGUUGAUGGUGACUCCUCUGAGAGAUCUGUCGUUGAGGUCCAAAACUCUCUUCCAGGUGAUGGUCUUUGGAUCAACGUCGAGUCUGACGAACUUGGACACUUGUUCCUCGGUCCACUCCUUAGGAUCGAUGGUGUCGAGACCAAGUUUCUUGAUUCUUGGAAGCAGUCCAAUAGGAAUGUCUCUCGUGCCGUCUUUCUUCUCUGGACAAAGUCUCUUCCACAAAGCCUUAUCGCUUUGGGUGGCCUCGUGGAACAUUCUUGUGUCGAGAGCAGCAGCCAACAGAUUGUUGGCCAUUCCAACGGCGUGGAUGUCACCGGUGAUGUGCAUGUUGAACUCGUCCAUAGGGAUGACCUGGGAAAAUCCUCCUCCAGCAGCACCACCCUUAACACCGAAAGUUGGGCCCAUAGAAGGUUGUCUAACGUUGGCAAAGGCCUUCUUUCCCAAAGUAGCACCAAUGGCCUGAGCAAGACCCACAGUGGUGGUGGACUUACCCUCACCAAGUGGGGUUGGAGUGAUACCGGUGACCAAGAUGUACUUACCGUCUUUACGGUGUUGCAAUCUGUCGAUCACAUCGAGCUUGACCUUACCCUUGUAAGCUCCAUAUGGUUCGAUUUCGGUUUCGGUGAUUCCGUUCUCGGCAGCAACCUCGCUAAUGUGCUUAGGAGUCUGAUUUCUCGAGAUCUCGUAGUCCGAAGGGACUGGCUUGACAAGAUUCAGCUUAAGACGUUUGAAGUCUGA